AUGCCCAUGACCUCGACCUUGGCUACUUCUCGAAAACGCCUGCAACGGCUCGUUCGUUCCUAUCGAUUCUUGGUCAUCCUCGUCGUCGCGGGGACUCUUCUACAUCUCGGGCGCGCUCCGAAUCUCUACCGUGGAUCGUAUCUCCCACAGAAUGAGCCUGGAAGACUCGGAAACUUUCUCAUAGGCCGUCAUGAGGAUCACAAGGACCCCAGAAUAGCGGCCUCGUGGCAUGCCGAGUUGUUCAAGCCGCAAGGCAGCAAGGACCUGUUUACCUGGAAUGUCCGGGACGAUCGGUGCGAAAACCUGAACAUUCCAGAAGAGUUCGAGCUGGAAGGCAACAAAGAGCAAGCCUGUUGGAGACUGAGGUUACUGCAUCAGCUGGACGCUUGGGAACCGCACAAAAGCUUCAGCACCUGGAAAGAUCAAGAGGAAAAGAACACCGCCGCUCUCGAUCGAUUGCGAAAAUGUCUGUUGAGACCGCUUUCUCCGGAACCGCAAACAUACGGCGACAAUUCAUGCAGCUUGAAAACCACCAAGAUUGUCAUCGGUCACUGGUGGUUCUGGACGAUGGGUUUCACCAAGGCCGGCUUGUCAGGGGAAGCUAUCUGGACAGCCAGUAUGAUCGAUGCCUUGGAAGAGCAAGGCUAUACGGUACUGUCUACCUCGGAAUACGAAGGCAUGAUUCAAGCUCACGCCGAGAUCCCGGACUUGAUUUCUCACUUGUUCAUCGACGAAAAGAUCAUGCUCACAUGCAUGUCGGACCCGUUCUGCCUCUCGGCUGAGGACUUCCGGCCCACUCGCUCCUUGUUCCCCGAUCUCCAGAUCAGCGCCAACGGGGACCCUAUCCGUACCGAAGGGAUGCAGGGGAAUCAAGAGGGCGACCUUCAAAAAUGGGUGUGGUCUCAGAAAGAGCUUGAGAAGCUGGAUGAGGCGGCGGCUAGAGGUACCGGAAGAGCUCGUGGCACGAUCCCGCUUCACAAGCUUUUCGUCUUGACUUGGUGGGGAACCAAGACAGGGGAAGGAUACUGGCCGGUCCCAGACGGGUUUUCGUGGAACCCGCUAGGACCCGAAUGGACCAUCUCUCCGUUCAGCUACCCGAAUCACACUUUCAUGCCGUACUCUAUCGAAAGGGAAUGUUCGGCGGUCCCUCUGACUCCUCCGGCACAAAAGCUGGAUCGGGUGUUCGUGCUGGCCAAACUGGCCGAAUACUUUUACGACAAGCGUAAAGCGCCGCCUGAAAGCGUAUGGGUAGACUUUCAACAGAAGACUGGGUUGGAGGCCGUCUCCGUUGCCACAGACAGAAAAGAUGGAGCGCGAGGAUGGCUCAACUAUACCGUUCCUCAAGGUGUUACACCGAUAGCCCCUCUGUCGCGUGAUCAGUUCGAGAUCGAGGUCGGCAAGAGCAAGGUGAUGCUCGGAAUUGGUCGGCCUUACAUCUCGCCGUCGAUUUAUACCAGCCUGUGUCAAGGAACUCCCGUGGUCCUGCCCUACUUCGCGGACCCGGAGGAGGUGUAUCAGGGGUAUAACCUCUUCAACGGCGAAUACGCUCAACACGGUCCGGCCUCGCUUAUCGGCCCACCCUACGUCUACACAUAUCAACAUGACGACGACCCGCAGCAGCUCCUCGAUCUCGUCUCCCAAGCCGCUUCGAAGCCUAUCGAUCGGUAUAUUCCAGAUGACAUGACCUGGUCGGCCGUUCGAAAUGAUGUCGACGACCUGAUGCUUUUCGAUUGGCAUCGUCACGCCGAACGAAUCCGAACAUCUCGAGGAUCCGAGCUCAUCCCUCAAAACCGCCUGGAUGUCAUCGGUCGAUGCUUCGAGAUCGGCCGAUGCAAGCCGUUAUCCCCGGAACUAUAA